GGAAGUCCUACCCACCACUGGCGGAACUUCCGGUUCUAACUGUUCUGGGUUUUUGCAGAAGGCUUGGAUCGUACGUCACCGUGAUGGUGCUGCUGGAAAGCGAGCAGUUCCUGACCGAGCUGACCAGGCUCUUCCAGAAGUGCAGGCCGUCGGGCAGCGUGUUCAUCACCUUGAAAAAAUAUGAUGGUCGAACUAGAUCCCUUCCAAAGAAGGGUUCUGUGGAGGGCUUUGAGCCUUCAGAUAACAAAUGUCUGUUGAGAGCUACGGAUGGGAAAAAGAAGAUCAGCACUGUGGUGAGCUCCAAAGAAGUGAAUAAGUUUCAAAUGGCCUACUCAAGCCUCUUGCGAGCUAACAUGGAUGGGCUGAAGAAGAGAGACAAAAAGAGCAAGAAUAAGAAGACCAAAACGGCACAGUGAAGGGGCACCAGAUUCUCUACUUUUACCAGCUAACCAGCGAGUUGUUAUUUUUCCUUUGGUUUCUAUUUUUGGCCACAAAGCUAGGUUUUUGGUUCCCUUGUUGGCAACUUAUUUUCAUGUGAGAUGAUGGUCACUUUGGAGAGAGAAAGGUUAGUUUAUAGGGCAGUCAUGGUAAGAGACUAUUUAUUUAGAUCUGUGCCACAUGCGUGUGUAUUCCUAGAUUAGUUUUCAAAGGCCUCCAGUUACUCCCCUGAAGAGCAAGGUAUCAUUAAAUGUUUGUUUCCUAACAUAGUCUCUUAUUUGUUCUUUUUCUCACCCCAUUUUAAUAGCUCUGGGAAUAACUACUAAUUUGGGAAUGAUGUGUUUAAUGAAUGAGUUUUAACUCUGUCCUCUACAUUUUUUUUUUUUUUUUUUUUGUACCGGGGAUGGAACUCAGGACCUUGUGCCUGCCAGUCAUGCGUGGUGCCACUGAGCUAAAUCCCCGGCCCUGUCUUCUACAUUCUUCGAAUUAAAACCUGACAACUA